UAAUUGAUAUUUCAACCUACAUUUUACCAAUAUUUGAACUAUGACCGAUCAAAAAAGCCAACGGAUACAAAGGUAUACGAAAAGACUUUACCAAUUGUAAAAUUCAUUUUGCCUUUGUUAUGACAUUGUUGUGGACACGGGGCAGUUUGGUAUUGGAAUUAAAUAUAUACAUGCAGAUUUAAAAUUGUACAAAAGAUCAUAUCAAAGUAUCAGUUCGGUAGUACUGGACUAGGCCUACACCUGACGUUGGAAUAUGACAGCGGUUCAUCCAGGUGGCGGAGCGCCGGGGCAAUGGCACCCUGGAAUGGAUCCAAAACCCACAGGUGGUCCCCCGCCUGGGUUCCAGAUCAGCGAGGAGCCACCUCCGAUGCAAAACUCGGACCCUGCCUACCCGCCCAUGCCUGGAUAUGAGGGCAUUGGUUUCGGGCAAGCAAAACCAAUGCCCCCGCCCCCGAUGCCUCCUCAACCCCAGGGAGACCCGCCACCGCAAACAUUCACAGAUAUGGCAAAAUUGGAUGAAGAAGCAUGCCGGGCGGCGAUGUUACAGCACGUGUCGGAGCAUUGUUGUUAUGGUAGCAAACCCGCCAAAGAAAUGAGUGUCCUAAAGUAUGAAGGCAUAACCGCUUUACAUUAUAUCUUGGAAACUUUUGGCGAAGGUAGAAAUACAAAGAAUGCCAGGGAGCCCUACAGAGGUGGACCAGUUGACGGCCCACAGAAUGGGCCUCCACCACCACCUUGGUCAAUACCUUGUGCUCCGAAUGAGAUGUUUAAGACACAUAAUAUCAAAAAGGAAGUUCCUCAUACAUCUGUGGUACAGCCAUGCGGAGGUUGUGACCAGAGGGGGUGGAACUGGUGUCACAGAUGUGGCGGGGACGGACGCGUACGGUGUACAACAUGUCAUGGGGAUGGUGUAUGCAAUACUUACAGCCAUCAGGAAAAGAGGCAUGUCCGGCGACAGUGCCACAGAUGUCAUGGUUCUGGACGAAACAGGUGUUUCAAAUGUGGCGGUGAUGGUCGUAUAACAUGCCGAGAGUGUCAAGGAUAUCGAAUGCUCAGAUGUUAUAUUGAACUUACCAUUUCCUUCACGAAUCACAAGGAAGAUUUUAUCCUAGAGACUACUGAUAUGCCUGAUGAGCUGGUACGUGAAGUUGGAGGAACCAUCGUGUUUGAAGAUGUUGCACAAAUGGUUUGGCCAAUUACAAUGUAUCCGGUGAAAGAAAUCAACGACAAUUCUGUAAGACUUGUUAAUUCGCACAAGGGAAAAUGGCCGACGGAAAGGUUGUUGAAUCAGAGGCAGACAUUGCGGGGUGUCCCAGUUACUGAGGUGAAGUAUAAAUGGGAUGAUAUCACGACACGAUAUUGGGUGUACGGAAAUGAACGGAAAGUUUAUGCCCCGGAUUAUCCCCACCAGUGCUGCUGUGGAUGCGAAAUUCUGUGAUCUAGUGACUUUUACUGCAAAAAAAUUGAUUUAUCGUUGAAACAGUAAUACGUUUGAAUUAUAUGAAUUCUAGAAAAAUGUAACUGCCAGUCUUUGAUUAACAUUUUUUUCUCAUAGUAAUUAUCUUGUUUGUUUAGGGUUUUUUGUGUUUUUUUUUGUUUCAGAUAUAUAUGAGCUCUUUAUUUUCUAUAUAACUUUAUAUUUUACUAAAUAAAAAUCAUCUAAUUUUCA